AUCCCGGCUGGGAGCGCGGGCAAGGCCCUUCCUGCAGCAGGAACCUCCUGAGGAGCCGUUUCCCCUCCACCGUUGUCCUCUUCCCGCCCGCCCCGAGGGGAGGAAACCGGUGGGGCCCCCAGCACCCCCCAGCUCCGGGGGGGCCGGGCACCCAGCGCCGGGCCCGGCCCCGCUUUCCGACCAGGCUCUGGCAGGAAACCCAGGGCGAGUCGAGACCAGCCCAGCGCGGGCACGAGCGGGACCCGCCGCGCGCCCCACGGCGGCACCCGCACCCCGGGAGGCUGAGGCGGCGGGGCGGCCAUGGAGGCGGCGGUGCCGGCGGAGGAGGCCUUGGUGCUGGUGGAGUACGGCUUCGAGUACCGGGCCAAGGACGGCACCUUGGUGUCCAUCAAGCCCAACGAACGCUACGUCCUGCUGAAACGCACCAACCACCACUGGUGGCACGUCAGGAGGAGCGGCGACGCGCGGCCCUUCUACAUCCCGGCCCAGUACGUGAAGGAGCUGCCCCCCAUGGCCGCCCCGGCCCCGCUCAGCCCCCCGCCCGGGCAGGAGCCCGACGCCGUCGUCCCGCCGCCCGCGGCCUACGAGUACCGCUUCCUCGGCGCCGCCCGGGCCCCG